AUGUCGCAAAACAGGCCUGGAGGAGUCUUCUCAGGCUUGCGCAUGGGCGAAGUUGUACGAGAAAAAGUACAGGAUGGACUCACCGGCGAGACACGAGAAAUGCAAUACACUCAAUGCAAAAUCGUCGGAAAUGGCUCUUUCGGUGUCGUUUUCCAGACGAAGCUGUCUCCAAGCGGAGAGGAUGCUGCCAUCAAGCGGGUGCUUCAGGACAAACGAUUCAAGAAUCGUGAGUUGCAGAUAAUGCGGAUUGUUCGGCAUCCCAACAUCGUUGAGUUGAAAGCAUUCUACUACUCUAAUGGUGAACGAAAAGACGAGGUCUAUCUCAACCUGGUCCUCGAGUACGUCCCUGAGACUGUCUACCGAGCCUCGCGUUACUUCAACAAGAUGAAGACCACAAUGCCCAUCUUGGAAGUCAAGCUCUACAUCUACCAACUCUUCAGAUCACUAGCCUACAUCCACUCCCAAGGCAUCUGCCAUCGAGAUAUCAAACCUCAAAAUCUUCUCCUUGACCCCACAACUGGAGUCUUGAAACUCUGUGAUUUUGGAAGUGCAAAAAUUCUGGUUGAGAAUGAGCCCAACGUGUCCUACAUUUGCUCUCGCUACUACCGCGCUCCCGAAUUGAUUUUUGGUGCCACGAAUUACACUACCAAGAUAGAUGUCUGGUCGACCGGCUGUGUUAUGGCAGAGUUGAUGCUGGGUCAACCACUCUUCCCCGGUGAGUCGGGUAUCGACCAACUCGUCGAGAUCAUCAAAGUUCUUGGUACUCCAACCCGGGACCAGAUCCGAACGAUGAAUCCAAACUAUAUGGAGCACAAAUUUCCUCAAAUCAAGCCUCAUCCAUUCAACAAAGUCUUCCGUAAGGCUUCUCCUGACGCGAUUGAUCUAAUCUCUGCCCUAUUGGAGUACACACCAACCCAGCGACUCUCUGCCAUUGAUGCAAUGUGUCAGCCUUUCUUUGAUGAAUUGAGAGAUCCCAAUACUCGUCUUCCCGAUUCUCGUCAUGCCAGUGGCUCCUCCCGCGACCUCCCUCCUCUCUUCGACUUUUCUCGACAUGAACUCUCUAUCGCACCACACCUCAACACACAACUCGUCCCAGCUCACGCACGAACAACUCUCGCUUCGAAAGGUCUUGAUAUAGACAAUUUCCACCCACUAUCUAAAGAGGAGAUGAUGGCACGACUUGAUUGA